AUGUUCCCCUGCACACAUCCGGGCUGCAACAAAGUGUUCACUCGGCUCUAUAACCUAACCUCGCAUGCCCGUACACACACACCCGAUCGGCCAUUCCCUUGUAGUGACUGCGGUAGAUGCUUUGCUCGCCAACAUGACCGUAACCGCCAUGAGAAGCUUCAUUGGGGAGUAAAGCCUUAUGCUUGCCAUGUAUGCUCAAAAGCGUUUGUACGUAUGGACGCUCUUAAUCGACAUCUUCGGGUUGAGAAUGGUUGCAGCCAGGUCUCCGGAUCAGAGCACUAA